UCACCAGGAAGGGGACGGGACGGACGGUGAUGGUGGUCGCCGCGGCGGCGUGUGCGCCCCUCAGUUUUAUUUAUUUUUUUCGGACAGAGUCUUGCUCUGUCUCCCGGGCUGGAGCGCAGUGGCGCGAUCUCAGGUCACUGCAACCUCCACCUCCUUCAAGCAAUUCUCCUGUCUCAGCCUCCCGAGUAGCUGCAAUUACAGGUAUCUGCCCAAACUGGAACUUAUGCUGUAGACAUUUCUUUGUGGUUUAUCUAAAAACCAAAGGGUCUGGCUCUGUACCUACGCUGGAGUGCAGUGGCAUGAUUAUAGUUCACUGCAGCCUCAAACUCCUGGGCUCAAGCAAUCCUCCUGCCUCAGCCUCCUAAGUAGACAGGACUACAGAGACUGGGUCUUCUUACGUUGUCAAGGCUGAUCUUGAACUCCUGGGCUCAGUUGAAUUCUUUUAGAAGAAGGGAAAAACCUCUUGAGAUGUGACUGUUUCCAUCUAUCUUCUGCUUGCCAGGAAAAGAAUACUUGAGAUCCAUUUGUAAGGAAAGAAAAGGAAGCAACAACAUAAUGCCCAGAGUUGGAGCCAAUUAAACCAGGUUCGAGUAAUUCUCCUGCCUCAGCCUCCCAAGCAGCUGGGUCUACAGGGAGAGAAGAACUUUUGUUUUCAAAUAUGAAAUAAAAGUAAGGAUUGGUACCGGCAGAAGCUUGGAAUAAAUGGAGAGUCAGAACCCAAACACAAUUUCCAUUAGCAUUGAAGAUUUCUGAAAUCAGUUUAUUAUUUGUCCAUGUUUCUGUACUAGAAGUAAACAUUGCUAUCUUCAGAAAUUAAGGAAUGAGAGGCAAGGAAGAAAGGACAUUCAUCUUGGAAAGACCCAAAGCACCUUGAAAUUUGGAAGGAAUGUUUUGCUAGCUGCUAAAACCACCUUUGUCACCAGAAUGAAUGAAGUGCUUCAGAUUUAAACAAUUGAUCAUUCUUAGAAGAGCUGCUGUAACACAUAGGGGAAGUGAAAACUAACAGAUGAAAGUUUUGUCAUGCACUGAAAGAAAAGCAUUGUCUGUGAAGUUCUAUUUUUAAAAAUGUCUGCUUGUAACACCUUUACUGAACAUGUUUGGAAACCUGGUGAAUGCAAGAAUUGCUUUAAACCUAAAAGUUUGCACCAGCUUCCCCCAGACCCUGAGAAGGAACCCAUCACCCAUGGCAAUGUGAAAACUAAUGCCAAUCACAGUAACAACCACCGCAUCAGGAACACGGGCAAUUUCCGGCCUCCUGUGGCUAAAAAACCCACUAUAGCUGUGAAGCCCACUAUGAUAGUGGCAGAUGGGCAAAGUAUAUGUGGUGAGCUUAGCAUCCAAGAACACUGUGAGAACAAACCUGUCAUCAUAGGAUGGAACCGAAACAGAGCUGCCUUGAGUCAGAAACCACUUAACAAUAAUAAUGAAGAUGAUGAAGGAAUUAGCCAUGUUCCUAAGCCUUAUGGCAAUAAUGAUAGUGCAAAGAAGAUGUCAAAUAACAAUAAUGGACUAACUGAAGUGUUAAAGGAGAUAGCAGGCUUGGAUACUGCCCCUCAGAUAAGAGGAAAUGAAACAAACUCCAGAGAAACAUUCUUGGGAAGAAUAAAUGAUUGCUAUAAACGAUCAUUGGAAAGAAAGCUUCCACCAAGUUGCAUGAUAGGUGGGAUAAAGGAAACUCAGGGCAAGCAUGUUAUUCUGAGUGGGAGCACAGAAGUGAUUAGUAAUGAAGGGGGCCGGUUCUGUUACCCAGAGUUUUCCAGUGGCGAGGAGAGUGAAGAGGAUGUGCUUUUCAGUAACAUGGAGGAGGAGCACGAGAGUUGGGAUGAGAGUGAUGAAGAGCUGUUGGCCAUGGAGAUUCGCAUGAGAGGGCAACCUCGCUUUGCCAACUUCAGAGCAAACACUUUGUCUCCUGUUCGAUUCUUUGUGGACAAAAAAUGGAAUACCAUCCCCCUGCGAAACAAGUCUCUGCAGAGAAUCUGUGCUGUGGACUAUGAUGACAGCUAUGAUGAAAUCCUGAAUGGUUAUGAGGAAAAUUCUGUGGUCUCUUAUGGACAAGGAAGCAUUCAGAGCAUGGUGUCAUCUGACUCCACAUCACCAGAUUCUUCUUUAACAGAAGAAUCGCGUUCUGAGACAGCCAGUAGUUUAUCCCAGAAGAUUUGUAAUGGUGGAAUAUCUCCUGGUAACCCAGGAGAUUCUAAGGACAUGAAGGAAAUUGAGCCCAAUUAUGAAAGUCCCUCUAGUAAUAAUCAGGAUAAAGAUUCAUCACAAGCUUCCAAAAGCUCAAUAAAAGUUCCAGAGACCCACAAAGCAGUCCUUGCUCUCCGAUUAGAAGAGAAAGAUGGCAAGAUUGCUGUACAAACUGAGAAGGAAGAAAGUAAAGCCUCUACAGAUGUUGCUGGGCAAGCAGUAACCAUAAACCUUGUCCCCACAGAAGAGCAAGCAAAACCUUACCGAGUUGUGAAUCUGGAACAGCCAUUGUGCAAGCCAUAUACUGUUGUGGAUGUGUCAGCAGCCAUGGCCAGUGAGCACCUCGAGGGCCCUGUUAACAGCCCCAAGACGAAAAGCUCAUCCUCUACUCCAAACUCUCCAGUUACAUCAUCUUCAUUGACACCAGGACAAAUAAGUGCCCAUUUCCAAAAAUCCAGUGCAAUUCGAUACCAAGAAGUAUGGACUUCUAGCACCAGUCCACGACAAAAGAUACCUAAAGUAGAACUAAUUACUAGUGGAACUGGACCAAAUGUUCCUCCAAGGAAAAACUGUCACAAAUCAGCACCUACAUCACCCACAGCUACAAACAUUUCCUCCAAAACCAUCCCUGUUAAGUCACCUAAUUUGUCUGAAAUAAAAUUUAAUAGUUAUAACAAUGCUGGUAUGCCACCUUUUCCAAUUAUCAUUCAUGACGAGCCAACUUAUGCUCGGAGUUCCAAAAAUGCUAUCAAAGUUCCCAUUGUUAUCAAUCCGAAUGCAUAUGACAAUCUAGCUAUCUACAAAAGUUUUCUGGGAACAAGUGGAGAACUCUCAGUGAAGGAAAAAACCACAAGCGUAAUAAGCCAUACUUAUGAAGAAAUAGAAACAGAAAGCAAAGUGCCUGAUAACACCACUAGCAAAACCACUGACUGUCUUCAAACUAAAGGGUUUUCAAACAGCACAGAGCAUAAAAGGGGCUCAGUGGCUCAGAAGGUUCAAGAGUUUAACAACUGUCUCAACAGAGGUCAGUCUUCACCACAGAGAAGCUAUAGUUCCAGCCACAGCUCCCCAGCAAAGAUCCAGAGAGCCACUCAAGAGCCUGUGGCCAAAAUAGAAGGCACUCAGGAGUCUCAGAUGGUGGGCAGCAGCAGCACCAGAGAGAAAGCAAGCACAGUGCUUUCUCAGAUUGUGGCUUCAAUCCAACCCCCACAGUCUCCUCCAGAAACACCUCAAUCUGGCCCUAAAGCUUGCAGUGUGGAAGAGCUUUAUGCCAUUCCUCCAGAUGCUGAUGUUGCUAAGAGCACACCUAAGAGUACGCCAGUCCGGCCCAAAUCUCUCUUUACAUCUCAGCCUAGUGGUGAGGCUGAAGCACCUCAGACCACAGACAGUCCUACCACCAAAGUACAGAAAGACCCAUCCAUAAAGCCAGUCACCCCCUCUCCCUCCAAAUUAGUGACUAGCCCCCAAAGUGAGCCACCACCUCCAUUUCCCCCGCCACGCUCUACUUCUUCUCCUUACCAUGCAGGUAACCUUUUGCAGAGGCAUUUCACUAACUGGACCAAGCCAACCAGCCCUACCAGGUCAACAGAAGCUGAAUCAGUUUUGCACUCUGAAGGCAGCAGGCGGGCAGCUGAUGCAAAACCUAAGCGCUGGAUAUCAUUUAAAAGCUUCUUCCGCCGUCGGAAAACAGAUGAGGAGGAUGACAAAGAGAAAGAGCGAGAGAAAGGGAAACUGGUGGGCCUGGAUGGCACAGUCAUUCACAUGCUGCCUCCUCCUCCAGUUCAGCGCCAUCACUGGUUCACAGAGGCAAAAGGAGAGUCCAGUGAGAAACCAGCCAUUGUCUUCAUGUACAGGUGCGACCCUGCUCAAGGCCAGCUCAGUGUGGAUCAGAGCAAGGCUAGGACAGACCAGGCAGCAGUCAUGGAGAAGGGUAGAGCAGAGAAUGCAUUACUACAGGACUCAGAGAAGAAGAAGAGUCAUUCUUCUCCAUCACAGAUUCCUAAAAAGAUUCUCAGUCACAUGACCCAUGAAGUAACAGAGGAUUUUUCUCCUCGGGAUCCAAGAACUGUUGUUGGGAAGCAAGAUGGCAGGGGCUGCACUUCAGUCACAACAGCAUUGUCCCUACCUGAACUGGAAAGGGAAGAUGGAAAAGAAGACAUUUCAGAUCCUAUGGACCCAAACCCUUGUAGUGCAACAUACAGCAACUUAGGGCAAUCUAGAGCAGCCAUGAUACCUCCCAAGCAGCCACGACAGCCCAAGGGAGCUGUGGACGAUGCCAUCGCCUUUGGAGGGAAAACAGACCAAGAAGCACCCAAUGCUUCCCAACCUACACCACCCCCACUGCCAAAGAAGAUGAUCAUAAGAGCCAAUACAGAACCAAUCUCCAAGGACCUCCAAAAAUCCAUGGAAAGUAGUCUUUGUGUCAUGGCUAAUCCCACCUAUGAUAUCGACCCCAACUGGGAUGCCAGCAGUGCUGGUUCUUCCAUCAGCUAUGAACUCAAAGGACUGGACAUUGAAUCUUAUGACUCCUUGGAAAGGCCUUUGCGCAAGGAGAGACCUGUCCCCUCAGCAGCAAACAGCAUUUCCAGCUUAACCACUCUCAGUAUUAAGGAUAGAUUUUCCAACAGCAUGGAAUCCCUCUCCAGCCGGCGUGGGCCCUCUUGCAGACAGGGCCGAGGCAUCCAGAAGCCGCAGAGACAAGCACUUUAUCGAGGACUUGAGAAUCGGGAGGAAGUAGUGGGUAAAAUCCGAAGCCUUCAUACAGAUGCCUUGAAGAAACUGGCUGUUAAAUGUGAAGACCUUUUCAUGGCUGGGCAGAAAGACCAGCUCCGUUUUGGAGUGGACAGCUGGUCAGACUUCAGGCUAACCAGUGACAAACCAUGUUGUGAGGCAGGUGAUGCGGUUUACUAUAUUGCUUCAUAUGCAAAAGAUCCACUUAAUAACUAUGCAGUCAAGAUCUGUAAGAGCAAAGCUAAAGAAUCUCAGCAGUAUUAUCACAGCUUGGCUGUCCGGCAGAGUCUGGCUGUCCAUUUUAACAUUCAGCAGGACUGUGGUCAUUUCCUUGCUGAAGUCCCUAACCGUCUGCUUCCCUGGGAGGAUCCAGAUGACCCUGAAAAGGAUGAGGAUGACAUGGAAGAGACUGAAGAAGACGCCAGAGGAGAAAUGGAUGGGAAAAACCCAAAGCCCUGUUCUGAAGCAGCAUCAUCCCAGAAAGAGAAUCAGGGAGUCAUGAGCAAGAAGCAGAGGAGCCAUGUUGUGGUCAUCACCAGGGAGGUUCCAUGUCUUACUGUGGCUGAUUUUGUGCGAGACUCUCUGGCCCAGCAUGGGAAAAGCCCUGAUUUGUAUGAGAGGCAGGUGUGUCUGCUGCUCUUACAGCUAUGCUCUGGUCUUGAGCACCUCAAACCCUACCAUGUCACUCACUGCGAUCUACGCCUAGAGAACCUGCUACUUGUCCACUACCAGCCUGGGGGGACUGCUCAAGGCUUUGGGCCUGCAGAGCCCAGCCCCACCUCAUCUUAUCCCACUAGGCUUAUAGUGAGCAACUUCUCUCAGGCCAAGCAGAAGAGCCAUCUGGUGGACCCCGAGAUCCUCCGGGACCAGUCUCGCCUUGCCCCAGAGAUCAUAACAGCUACCCAGUAUAAAAAGUGUGACGAGUUCCAGACAGGCAUCCUCAUCUAUGAGAUGCUGCACCUACCCAACCCCUUUGAUGAGAACCCAGAGCUGAAGGAGAGGGAAUACACACGAGCAGACCUGCCUCGCAUCCCAUUCCGCUCCCCCUACUCCCGGGGUCUGCAGCAGCUGGCCAGCUGCCUCCUGAAUCCCAACCCCUCUGAGCGGAUCCUCAUUUCAGACGCCAAAGGCAUCCUCCAGUGUCUGCUCUGGGGCCCCCGCGAAGAUCUCUUCCAGACUUUCACCGCCUGCCCUAGCCUAGUACAGAGGAACACCCUGCUCCAAAACUGGCUAGACAUCAAGCGAACACUGCUCAUGAUCAAGUUUGCUGAGAAGUCCCUGGACAGGGAAGGUGGAAUCAGCCUUGAGGACUGGCUUUGUGCUCAGUAUUUGGCUUUUGCCACUACAGACUCCCUCAGUUGUAUUGUGAAAAUUCUGCAGCACCGUUAAUGUGUACCUGGAUGAUGCUUUUACUACAUCUUCACCUUCUUCAUGUCACCCAUGCACUUCCCCUCCCUAGUGCUCACUCCAGAUUCAAGGAAAGAAGAAAGACAAACCUCUAUCCCUGUCCAUGAACAAGUGGGUCCAUUCAGAAAGGUUAUCCACUGCCCCAGAUUGAAUGAGAAGCUGAGUCUGUCUUAACUUUACAGAAAUUCAGCUGCACAAACUUGCGGUUGCCUUCCCUUGAAACACCUUCUAUCCUAAGAGUCCCAUAAAUGCAGGUAAAAAUGAAAAUCCAUAUUCUUGAAGGGACAGCUUCUUUGGUAUGAACUCAGUGAGCCAGUGAGCUGUGUCCAUUUCCUCCAUAAUUCUGGAUAUCACCUAUCUUUUUAGCACCAAGUAUUUAUUCUCACUAAGAGUAGACAGACUUAACCAGUCUCUACCAUGACCCAGUAGACUCUGACAACAGACUCUUCCUUUAAGGUGUCAACAACUGACUUACUAGGCAGAACUGCCAUCCUUAGCAUCAGCCCAGUUUUGGUUACCAGGGACUAUAUCUUUUGUUCCAGGAGAGAGUAGAAAGAAAAGGAGAGAUCCCAUCCUUGGGUCAUAGACCCAUUUUCAUUGCCAUUAUCUGUAAGUAUGUGCACUGCAUGGAGGACAGCCCUAAUAGUCUCCCCUCUGCUGCCACUGCCUGAUUCUCCACUCUGUCCCCACUUGCCAGUGAAGUUUGGAUUUAUCAGCCACUUGUGGCCCAUUACAGAGCUGACCCAAGGUGGUGUCACCAAUGCCUCAGCAGGGUGGAGUGCAGUUCAGAGCUUAUAAAUAGCUGGCAGGGCAUGAGGAGAUGAUUUUCUUGCAUGUGCAAUUCUCUAGGGGCCAUCAGGAAACAGAGUUUAAAGUACCCUUUGAUUACUGUCAGAACUGUCAGCAUUUGCAGUUUUCCCCGAGCAGUAAUUGGCCAGCUCCCUUCUAUCAGUAGCCAGUGUUAACUAGUUUACCAAAUGCUGUAAACAAUUGCCCUGAAUGAAAUAGCUGUCAGUGGAGCUCUAAGAUCUCCUUUAGAGGGCACAGUGAGGUGGGCUGUUGGGAUGGCCGUAGGCAGGGGAGAGGAAGAAGGCCACUGAUGAGACUGCUGACCUCCUCAGAAUGUUGACCUCUUCUAGAGAGACUGCCUCCCAGUGUUUAAGUGGCUCAUUGCUCCUUCUGACUCUCUGUAAAAUGGCUCUGGAGGACAGCUCACAGGAAUUCUGAUUGCUGAGGUGGGUGAUUGAGAGCUGUUCACCAUGUGUGCAGCCUGUGCUCCCCUUCUAUGGAUAUAUGUGCAAUUUUUGUAUGUAUUUUUUUUUAGCUGUAUAUUAUAGUGUUUAUAUUGCAACUUCA